CACGACAAUAAAGCUCCCCACGACGCGCUGGUGCUCCGACACAGCGCGAAACAUCACCAGAGCAGGCAUCAGUCGUCGCGACUCCGUCUCCAUCGUCACAUGGGAUCUUGAAGGCCUCCGACCUCCAAAACAGCCCCAGCCCCGCAAUGGCGUCUCUCACCUCGAUUCCCCUCGAGCUCCUCGUGCACAUCUCCUCAUACCUUUCCACGCCCGACCUGGGCUCCCUCCGCCGCACAUGCAAGCUCAUCGAGAAGUCGCUUUACGAAUGGUUCUCCAAGGAGUUUUUUUCAAAGAAGCAAUUCAUGCUCUCGCAGCAGAGUCUGCAGACCUUGAUCGACAUCUCGAAGCAUGCAGCCCUCUCCAAGAAGGUCACGCAUGUAAUCAUCGCCACAGACCAAUUCAGCGAAACCAAUGUUCGUUUCAACAAUAAGGACUCGUGCGAGCGGUACCGCCAAGGAUAUGUCGACCAAUUCACCCUCAAGAACACAGGCAUUGACCGCGAAAUGCUCACCGAAGCGUUCCGGAAUCUGCCUAACUUGGGGACGGUCGGGAUUCGCGAUUUCAAUGCUCCAAGCCGUUUGCGGGACGGUAGUGAUGCGUACUGGACCAGCUAUGGUUCAACUACUGUCUUUCGAGAAACCCGCCUUCGCCUCCAGCUUACUGGUCCCGGAGCCCCCUUUGUCCACGAGGAUGUCCAAGCGCACUUCGUGUCCCACGCCUUUUCGACUGUGAUCUAUGCCCUAGGAAAGGCGGGCUGUACGCCACCCGCUAUCGAGAUCCUCCUUCGCCAGCAUAGUUCUGGACUUCCUGAUCAUGCCUUCAACAUCCUGGACUUCGCGCUCCCAGCUGUCAAGCCUGUCCUCCAAGGAUUGAAGAGCAUACUACUCAGCCUGAAUCUGCAAGUCAAGCCCGCCUAUAGAUAUGAUGGCCGGACGCCCGAUGAUCAAGACGCCGGUGUAUUCCUCCAACGCUUCUUGACUCGUACGCCCAACCUCACUCAUCUCCGCUUGAACUUCCAGAAGCACCAGCAAAACGAGAAUGAGACUUUCCUGCGCUGGCUCGGGAAAACGAGUCCUUCUGCCUCGGCCGGGAGUAUCACAGCAUCCCCAUCCGCCAGGAUUUCGACUGCCCAAACCGUCACUUUUUCUCACCUGCAGCGCAUCGAUUUCGGCAUGCUGACGGUAUCGCCCGCACUCUUGCAGGCCGUGUUGACCAAGUUUGCUGCGACAUUGCAAGGUCUGAGCCUGUGGAGCAUGACACUCGCGUUAGCCGGCCCUUUGCCAGAUCCUGAUUCGAAUAGAAGCCUCUGGUCCAUCCUCUUCGCCAAGCUUGCAGAACUACCCCAACUAGACUUGAAUUAUGUCAUGGUCGGCAGGAUAAACGAGCAAUAUGGACUCUCUCCCCAGCUACAAGUGGACUUCAAGGCUCAGAAGCCAAACAGGAACAACCUCAUCGAUGACGACCAGGGUGGAGAUGAGCAGGGGCCAGGCCCGUUGGAGACGAUGGCGGAAUACACGGGGAAAGACGGGAAGACGUUCCUGAAAGCACUUGUGGAGCGUGUGCAUGUGCACUGGCCGGCUCCGGUGGUCAUUGAGGACUUUUCUGAAGGGGCGUCUGAUGACGACGAGGAGAUGCUCGACGAGGACGCGGAUGAGCCUGAGGAGGAAGAUGAUGAAGAGGACGACGAGGACUAAUCGGUUGGGCAGAUCCUUGAAGCGGACCAGUGGGCUAUGGGCCUAUGACUGGCUACUGUUCGGGCUACGUUAUCCCGUGAGCACUUCCGGCUCGACGUGGCAUGCAAAGCAAGUCCCGCGGCAUCCUUCUUUUCCAAAUUGGAAGUUUCGUGCUGGUGUUCCGUGCUCUGAAAGACUUCUGGGUCUACGAUGUCUGCUUAUCUCUCUGGAUGGCCUUCUGUUUCUCCUCUCCCGGGGAUAUACUUGUUCGCGAGAGUAUUUUCUUCCCGUUUUCUCCUCAGCGUUUGUUUCUUAACCAUCUGUGUGCGAUCGUCACCGCCGGCUUUCCCUCUUCCGUUGGAAAGUUUCGUACUCUUCUGGUUCGCAGCUACUCUUAGGCCAGAAUAACAUUCCCAAAGACACAAAAUAGAAUCCAGUAACUCCAUCGCCCUUCGG